AUGACCACCUACAGGGCAACAGAUUCCAAGAGAGAGGAAUUCAGAAAGUACCUAGAAAAAGCUGGAGUACUUGAUACUCUUACCAAAGUUCUGGUGGUGCUAUACGAGGAGCCUGAGAAGCCCAACAAUGCACUAGACUUUCUAAAGCAACACCUGAACGCCUCUGGACCUGAUGCAGCCGACAUUGAGGCCCUCAAGCUGGAAGUCACCGAACUCAGAAUCAAAUGUGAGCAGCUGCAAGAGGAAAACAAUGAACUCCGAGCUCGAAUUCAGCAGUUGGAGCCACCACCAGAACCAGAGGUUGCUGAAAAUUGA